AUGUUGACCAUUCGUUUCGCUCUCGUGGCCCUCCUGACCGUCUUCGGUGAGGUUCAGGCGGUGCCACAGACCCGGGGAAGGAAGGGAGGCAACCGGAACGGCGGUGGCAACGCCGCGGCCCAGCAGACGCCUCAGCAGCAGGCCGCUGCCAUCCCUCAGGGCAUCUCCCAAGCGACAGAUGGCUCCAUGAUCCUGGACAUGACUGCCACAGUCAAUAACCUCGACCUCCGAUUCAAGAUCUCCGCUCCGGCAGACCAGUUCACGACCGCCUCCGGAGUUCCAGGAGCCGCCGCACAGCCCGGUGCGCAAGGACCCAACGGCAUCAACGUGCUCCUGCACGGAGACGGUGGCCAGUCUUUCUUCGAUUUCCCCAACCAAGCGGUCCAGCAGGGGCCUGAUGGGAGUCGUUGUUCUCGCUCCCUCUGGUAUGUCCUUCUUGCCUCUCUUCAAAUCACACUGCCCAGGCUUACAGUUCCCUCAGAGCAACUCCUCUGGGGCCAGUCCCAGGGCCAGCCUCAGGGCCUGUCGCGUGCGGACGGCGCCGCCCACUCCCAGGCAGUCAACGAUCUGAUGCAGCAAGUCCUUCCACAAAUGGUCGCGUUCAACUCGUCCAACGUCUUCAUGACGGGCGUGUCCGGCGGCUCCCUCACGCUCUCGGGCUUCUUCGUCCCCGCCCACAUGGCCAAUUUCGCCGGCACGGGUGUGCUCCUCAUGUGCGGCGCGCUCGCACCCCAGGUCGACUUCAACAACUCCGCCGCCGUCGCCUCCACGACCAAGAUCCACUUCCAGAGCACGCAGCAGGAGCUCACCAGCCUUCAGGCCGCCAUCCCGGAGGCAAUCACCGCCUACGAGCAGCUCGCCACGGGGGCCGGCCUCAACGCCCAGCAGGUCGGUGCCCUGCAGACCGUCGACAACACCCCCAACGGCGGCCACUGCGAGUUCGACGAGCAAGGGUUCUCCAGCGGCAUCCAGCUCGUCUCCAACAACUUCGCCAGCAUCAUGCAGGGCGGCAAUGGCGCUGUCCAGGGCAUCAACACCCAGACUGUGCUCACGCCCGUGGUGGGCAACGAGAAUGUGCAGUUUGCUGCCACGGGCAACAACAAGAGGCAGCAGGGGCCGUACUGGAUUGGGGUCUAG